AUGGGCCUUAUCAACAUUUGCACUGCUGUCUACGGGCGAAGUGAUAAGGAAACCUGUCCUCACGACCAAGAUUCAGACACGACUUGCGGAGUAGACGUAGUGGCUGUUCUCGGUCGAGAUUGUGACGGCCAAUCCCAGUGCAACUUUACAGCAUCGAAUGAUCUCGCUGGUGAUCCGUGCAGGUGGACAUAUAAGUACCUUGAGGUAGCCUACACAUGCACAGGCUCCAUUAGUCCAGUAAUCCCAGCCGUCGUCGUCGUCGUCGUCGUGGUUCUGAUUGUCGUUAUCUCUGGAGUCAUCUGCUACAAGAGAAGGCUCAAGCACGGGUCAUCUCAAGGUAUCGCCGCCUCCGGAGAGCCUCGGGAGAGUCCUGGAAUAAGGGAUAACCCGACAUUUGAAUCGCCCAAUGUUCAGGAUCUCCAGGUGACAGACGUUGCGGGUUAUCAUAGCGGGAAGGAUCCAUACAUGGCCCUUACGACUCCCCAUGAUGGCCCCACAUUCCAAAAAUACGAGAAAUUAAAUAAGGUAAUCUCUCAGGGAGAUGGGUAUGAGGUACCUGUCAAUGGGGCCGAUAGACAAACUGGUCCAGAGUACGGUAAGACCUUGUAUAAGCUUCAGGUGCAUCCCGAGACCGACUAUGAAAUCACACAUGAAUACCAGGACAUUACAAAUAGUGUAGUUGGAAGGAAUAAUUCGCUAGGUAAUGAAAGUCCCAUACGUGGGCUUCAGGUACAACCUGAGACGGACUAUGGAAUCACACACGAAUACCAGGACCCCGGUGUAGUUGGAACAAAUAUUCCGCAGUAUGAGUGUCACAUAGAUGGGCUUCAGGAAAUGUCUAAGACCGACUAUGAAGCAAUACACGAAUACGAAGACCCGGGCAUAAUUGGAUGAAAUAUUCCGCAGUAUGAGAGUCACAUAGAUGGGCUUCAGGAAAUGUCUAAGACCGACAAUGUAAUAACAUAUGCAUACUAGUAUGUGUUUAGGUUUAACAUAAACAGUUUCUAAAGACAGGUUAUUACAUUACAAAUGACCCAAUUGAGACCAAAUUAUAAAAAUUGUACUCGAAGAAGAAAAGGUUAAUGCCUUAAAUCCAUCUUUUUUUAUUAGGUCACGAAUGUUCA